AUGGCAAGAUGGCACAAGACAGACAAGAAGAAAGGACUAGCUAUAUACAAUUUCAAAGGCACAGGAGUGGCACAACUACCUCUAUCCAUUGGUGAUGUGGUCCAUAUCUUUGAGUCCUGUGAAGAUUGGUACAAAGGUUAUCUAGUAAGACAUAAAGGAUCAGAGGGAAUAUUUCCCAAGUCUUUCAUCCACAUCAAGGAAGUUACUGUUGAAAAAAAAAGACAUACAGAAAAUAUAUUACCUGCUGAAAUUCCUUUAGUUCAAGAAGUUACCACUACCCUCUGGGAAUGGGGAACCAUCUGGAAACAGCUCUAUGUGAUGAAUAAGAAAGAACGGUUCCAGCAGGUGCAGUCUAUGAUGUAUGACUUAAUGGAGUGGCGGUCACAGCUUCUGUCCGGGACUUUACCAAAAGAUGAGCUCAAAGAACUCAAACAAAAAGUCACUUCCAAAAUUGACUAUGGUAACAAGAUACUUGAGCUAGAUCUAAUAGUUAGAGAUGAAGAUGGAAACAUCUUGGAUCCAGAUAAAACCAAUGUCAUCAGCCUGUUUCAUGCACAUGAAGAAGCAACUAAUAAAAUCACUGAGCGCAUUAAGGAGGAAAUGUCAAAGGACCAACCAGAUUACGGAUCAUACUCCCGAAUGUCUUCAUCCCCCACCCACAGCCUAUAUGUCUUUGUGCGGAAUUUUGUUUGCCGGAUUGGUGAGGACGCAGAACUCUUUAUGUCACUAUAUGAUCCACAGAAAUUAACAAUUAUAAGUGAGAACUACUUGGUGAGAUGGGGCAGUAGAGGCUUUCCAAAGGAAAUUGAUAUGCUCAACAACCUUAAAGUAGUGUUCACAGAUCUUGGAAAUAAAGACCUUAGCAGAGACAAAAUUUAUUUAGUUUGUCAAAUAGUCCGAGUUGGAAGGAUGGAUCUGAAAGACAGUAACUCAAAGAAAUACACCCAAGGACUAAGGCGGCCUUUUGGAGUGGCAGUUAUGGAUAUUACAGAUAUCAUAAAAGGCAAAGCUGAAAGUGAUGAAGAAAAGCAGCAUUUCAUUCCCUUUCAUCCGGUAGUGGCAGAGAAUGACUUUUUACACAGUCUCCUAAGCAAAGUCACUGCAUCAAAAGGAGACAGUGGUGGACAAGGUCUCUGGGUAACUGUCAAAAUGCUUGUUGGAGAUGUGAUUCAAACUAGGAAGGACUAUCCACAUCUUGUAGACAGAACAACAGUUGUUGCCAGAAAGCUAGGAUUUCCUGAAAUAAUCAUGCCAGGUGAUAUAAGAAAUGACAUUUAUAUUACACUGCUGUAUGGAGAUUUUGACAAAUACAAUAAAACAACUCAGAGGAAUGUGGAGGUGAUAAUGUGUGUCUGUGAUGAAGAAGGAAAAGUGAUGCCAAAUGCAGUUUGCCUGGGAGCUGGGGACAAGCCUGUGAGCGAGUAUCGGUCAGUUCUGUACUAUCAGGUCAAACAACCACGUUGGAUGGAAACGCUGAAGGUUGCAGUCCCUAUUGAAGACAUGCAGAAGAUACAUCUGCGCUUCAUGUUCAGGCACAGGUCAUCUCAAGAGUCUAAAGAUAAAGGAGAAAAGAAUUUUGCUAUGGCAUACAUUAGACUGAUGAAGGAGGAUGGAACAACGCUUCAAGAUGGCACCCAUGAUUUGUUAGUCCUGAAGGGGGACAGUAAAAAAAUGGAGGAUGCUAGUGCUUAUUUGACACUACCUUCUACACGUCAACACAUAGAAAACAAAGGAGCAACCACAGUCAGAAACCUGAGUAUUGUAGGGGGGCUUUCAGUAAGCUCACGAGAUGCGUUUUAUAUUUCAACUCUUGUUUGUUCUACAAAGCUAACUCAGAAUGUGGGCUUACUAGGUCUCUUGAAGUGGCGUAUGAAGCCAGAGCUACUUCAGGAAAACCUGGAAAAACUGAAGAUUGUGGAUGGAGAGGAAGUUGUGAAGUUUCUCCAAGAUACGCUGGAUGCCCUCUUUAACAUCAUGAUGGAACAUUCCCACAGUAAUGAGUAUGACAUCCUUGUCUUUGAUGCACUGAUCUAUAUCAUAGGACUCAUUGCUGACCGUAAGUUUCAACACUUCAACACCGUUUUGGAAGCGUAUAUCCAACAACAUUUUAGUGCAACAUUGGCAUACAAGAAAUUAAUGACUGUUCUGAAGACUUACUUGGAUACUUCCAGCCGAGGAGAGCAAUGUGAACCAAUCUUAAGAACUCUGAAAGCACUGGAGUAUGUUUUCAAGUUCAUUGUUAGAUCAAGGACAUUGUUUUCACAAUUAUAUGAAGGCAAAGAACAAACAGAAUUUGAAGAAUCCAUGAGGAGACUCUUUGAAUCCAUCAACAACCUGAUGAAAAGCCAACAUAAAACUGCCAUUUUGUUGCAGGAAAUACAUCCUUUGCAUCUCUUCUGUAAUUCCCCCUCACUGAAAAAAAAAAAAAAAAAAAAUUGUCUAUUAAUAAUGAUUGAAGCCUAGGUUGAAGAG